GCCUGUGUCAACUGCGGAGCAGGCACCAAGCGUCCCAUUCCCAGAGUGGACUUCUUAUUGCUUGUACCCAUAGAGUGAAGAGACAAACAGAGGAAGAAGAAAGGAAGAAAAUGGGCUAUCUACCCUAUCUCUCUACGGAGACGUGGACCCUGUUGGUAGCCGUAAUCACACUGAUCGUUGUGUAUGCCUACUGGCCUUAUGGCGUCUUUAAAAGGAUUGGUGUCCCUGGUCCCAAACCAAUUCCAUUCCUCGGAACCAUGCUAGCAUACAAAAGAGGCUUUAACACAUUUGACAUGGAGUGCUUCAAUAAGUAUGGAAAGACAUGGGGCAUCUACGACGGUAGACAGCCGGUGCUGUGCACCACAGAUGUCUCCCUCAUUAAGACGGUUCUCAUCAAGGAGUGCUACUCUCUGUUUACUAACCGCAGGAACCUCUUUGUGAACGGGCCUCUCUACGACUCGGUGUUUAACGCAGAGGACGACCAUUGGAGGAGGAUCCGGACUGUCCUCUCUCCCACCUUCACCUCUGGGAGACUGAAGGGGAUGUUCAUCCUCAUGAAGCAACACUCGGCAAACCUGGUCAGGAGCAUUACAAAAAGGGUGGACAACAAUGAAGAUGUGCUAGAGCUGAAGGAAUUCUUUGGAUCCUACAGUAUGGAUGUAGUGACCAGCACAUCCUUAAGCGUGGACAUAGACUCACUCAACAACCCUUCAGACCCCUUCGUCACCAACAUCAAAAAGAUGCUGAAGUUUGACCUUUUCAAACCAAUCUUCCUUCUUGUUGCUUUCUUCCCCUUCUUGGGGCCCAUCAUUGAGAAGAUGGAAUUCUCCUUCUUCCCAUCAUAUGUCACUGACUUCUUCUAUGCCUCAGUGCAGAAGAUCAAAGCCAACCGCGAGGCUAGUCAAAACAAGAGUGGUCGAGUGGAUUUCCUCCAGUACAUGAUGGACUCACAGAAGAAAGACGAAGAAUCCAAUGGAAAUGAGCCCGUGAAAGGUCUGACAGACCAUGAGGUGCUCUCCCAGGCCAUGAUAUUUAUCUUUGCUGGCUAUGAGACCUCUAGCAGUUCCCUGGUUUUCUUGGCGUACAACCUUGCCUUGAACCCGGAGGUUAUGACCAAGCUGCAGCAAGAGAUAGACUCCACCUUCCCCAACAAGGGUGCGGUGGAGUACCAGGCUCUAAACCAAAUGGAAUACCUUGACAGCGUUAUCAACGAGUCUCUCAGACUUUACCCCCUUGCCUUGCGUCUCGAGCGUGUCGCCAAGGCAACCGUAGAGAUCAACGGUUUGGUCAUUCCUAAAGGAACUGUUGUCAUGGUACCCUUGUGGGUCCUGCACCGGGACCCUGACUUGUGGCCGAAUCCUGAGGAGUUCAAACCAGAAAGGUUCAGCAAGGAGAACAAGGAUACGAUUGACCCGUACACAUACAUGCCCUUCGGGGCCGGCCCCAGGAACUGUAUCGGCAUGCGUUUUGCUCUGGUGAUGAUGAAACUCGCCAUGGUGGAGAUCCUGCAAAAGUUCAGCUUCGCUGUGUGCGACCAAACAGAGAUCCCCCUUGAAAUGGACGUCAUGGGCCUGCUGGCGCCCAAACGGCCGCUUCGAUUGCAGCUCGUGCCCCGUUCUGACCACUGAGCCAGUGACAACCUACCAGCCACUGACAAAUGAGGCAUGCCUGCACUUUUCUUGUGUGUGUGUUUUUUUAAUAACAAACCAUCCAUCAAAUUUUUAUGCACUUAUUAAAACACACAAAGUGGAUGUA